UUUUUGUUAAAGACUAAGUCAACUAAAAAUGUCAUCGAAUUUACAAAAACAAUUAUUUUUAUUCGAAAGUACUACACUAAAAUAUUUACUGUAUAAAAAAUAUUUAAAAAAAAGAAGAUCAGUUGUAAAUUCAAUUAUUUAUAAAGAUAGACUUGUUUUUGGUGAAUUCUUUCACCUAUACCCACAGUUGCGAAAAAAUGAAACUUCAUUUCGAUCUUAUACUAGAAUGACUACCGAUACAUUUGAUUAUAUUUUAAAAUUAAUAUCACCGGAAUUUGAUCUCAAGACCACAAAUUUCCAAGAACCUAUUUCCGUAGAGCAGAGAUUACUUGUAACAAUAAGGUAUUUAGCAACAGGACUAGCAUUCAGGCAAAUCGCAAUUUCAUUUAGAAUAUCUAAGUCCGCAGUCUCAAGCAUUGUUGUUGAAGUGUGUAAAGUAAUAUGGAAUACAUUAAAAUUCAAACACAUGUCUAUUCCAAGCGUCGAUACUUUUAAAAGCACAGCAAUAGAAUUUCAUGAAAAAUGGAAUUUUCCAAACUGUGUGGGAAGUAUCGAUGGCAAACACAUCAGAUUGUGAUGCCCUGAAAAUUCCGGGAAUUUUUGAUGAUAGACGUGGGUGGAUACGGGAAAGAUAGCGAUGGUGGUG